ACCCGGUGCAUGCGUCUCCCCGCGGCCCACAAUGCCUUGCAGCCGCACCGGCUAACCUUUCCAUUGCACACCGACCCGGGAGGCCGCUCCGGAUUUGCAGCCCGGGGACGGGGGCUUGUCCGGGGACCGCGAGCGGAAGAGAAAACGGACCGCGGUGUUCGUGUGAAGGGAAGUCACGUGGCGGGGGAUGCAUGGGGUUUGUUUACUGCAGGCUGGGGGUGAGCUGGGGAGCUUCCCCGUUCCGCCUCGGCUGCUCACGCGCUUGGAGAGCCGCUCCCGGCCCGCUGGCAGAUUUGCAGAAGAUGUGAACCUCCCUUCAGCCGAGGCUAUUGCAACCACCCUAUGAUGGGACCGGGCAUCCGGGAUUAUCCGUUCACGCUGCACGGAGGAAGCUGGCAGAAGCAAGCUCUCGCCCAUGAAAUCCACAAAGGACAAGGAAUGGUAACUUCCAGUGGUGGCAAGAGCCGUUCAAGCACCAAAGAACUGAAGAAACAUCCGCCCCACGUGAAACUGUCUCCUAGCGCAUUAAACACAAAUGUUUCUAUUGCCACGGAAAAGACUCCUGGUCGUGCCACGGGUAAUAGUCAGGGAGCUGUUCGCCAGAAAGAACGGAACAGACUUUAUGAGGGUCACCAGCAAAACAGAGCCACAAAUGUUUGCACUUUGUCACAGAGAACACCAAAGCCACAAAAGGAAUCUCUGGUGAAAAAGCAUCAUGAAGCCGGAUACCACAAGAUCCCUUCCACGUUUAAGGGCGCCUCUUGGGGCGACUCCAGUAGGACAGAAGAAAUGCUGAUCCAGAGUUUUUAUUGCAAGGAACCUGCCAAAACAGAAAGGAACUCCGGAAGGCAUAUGGAUGAAGCAGGGCCCUGCAGUUCCGCGUAUCAAGGCGCCUCUGCUGACGCCAUGUUUCUUGACUUCUCGUCGGUUCGAAUUAUGAAAGAGGAUGCUGAUGAGGACAGCGCCAGUGACCUUUCCGACUCAGAGAGAAUCCCCAUUCCUCCUUCUCCUUGCACGCCGCCAGAGCUCAACCUCCGAGCAGAGGAAAUCGAUCCCCUUUGUUUUGAGCACCUCCCUGAUGCAAAAUGUAAGCAAUCGGACUACUGUUACCCUGACUUCCUCCCGCCUCCUUUCAACACCUGGGACUUGAAAGGGCUGGCAGCCUUUGUCAACACCGAGUGCAAGUCAGAAGCACGGCCACAGCCGACAGGAAGUCUCGAGAGGUACGUAGAUCGGCUCCUAGAGCUUGAAUGGCUGCAGAUGCAAACCGUGCAAGCCGAAAAAGGGAAGGCCGCCAAGGCGAGGCCUCAGACUGCCCCCAGCGCCCUCUGGACCUUGAAAAGCCCUGGGAAAAACAAAUCGUUGCAUACUCUCUUGCCAAACAAAAACUUGACUGCCCCUGAAAGCUUUCCAAGGUUCUCCAGCUGCCAGCUUGGUUACAGAAGAGAUCUGCACAACGAAGGAGCCAGCCAGGUAGUUUUGUGUCAAGGACAUUCGAAAACAACCUGUGGUCCCUCCGCCCAUCAAAGACACUCCUCUGAGAGGAAAAGCAGCGAGGCAAAAAAGCGGCCUAGCACCAAGGCGCAGCUUUUCGGUCAGCUUGCAUUGCAGGUACACAAACCUGAGCGUGAUCAAUGGCCCUUUCAACAAGGAGAGAAAGAUCGAGGAAGGGAACAUGUUGGAACAUCUCAGCCGGCCAGAUGGAAGAGUCCUGAAGAACUGUGACUAGCCCAAGGUCACCCAGCAGCCUUCAUGUGUGGGAGCGGAGAAACAAAUCCAGUUGACCAGAUAAGAUCCUGCUGCUCAUGUGGAGGAGUCGGGAAUCAAACUUGGUUCUCCAGAUUAGAGUCCACAGCUCCUAACCACCACACCAUGCUGGCUCUCCAGUUCAAUGCAUUUAAGAUGAAAAAACAAGUAUACUCUGCAUACAAGUUGUACAUGAGUUCACUGUGGCUCAUUCCGCACAUGCAGAAUAAUGCACUUUCAAACUGCUUUCAGUGCUCUUUGAAGCUGUGCAGAAUAGCAAAAUCCACUUGCAAACAGUUGUGAAAGUGGUUUGAAAACGCAUUAUUUUGCGUGUGCGGAAGGGGCCUGUAAUAUCUGAACAGGGUUGGUAUCACUAUUAGUUCAGCAGACAGUUACAGGUGAGCAGCUAUGCUAGUUUAUAGGUACAAAAACCUGAGUGUGAUCAAUGGCUCUUUCAGCAAGGAGAGAAAGGUUGAGGAGGGGAACAUGAUGGAACAUCUCAGCCAGCUAAAUGGGUUCCUGGCUGAGCUUUCUUUUCCUUUCCUGUUGCAGGGCAUGGCCAGAGGGGUAGGUCUUUUGUCACAAGCAGAUUGUUUGCAAACUCCUUUCCCUUCCUCUCCCCACAACAGACACCUUCUGAUGUAGGUGGGGCUGAGAGAGUUCCGAAGAACUGUCGGCUAGUCCAAGGUCACCCAGCAGGCUUCUUGGGAAAAAAAUAAAUCAGUUCACCAGAUAAGAAUUCGUCACUCACGUGGAGGAGUGGGUAAACAAACCCGGUCCACCAGAAUCUCUUAGUCACCGCACCACACUGACUGUGGAGAAAUAGAUUUCCCAGCAACUGUUGCUUGAAUGGAAAGUGUACUAGGAAGUUGCCCUGUGUACAUAUUGAUAUUACUCUUUCCUGGGAGUAAGAACUAUUAAAUUGAUCUGAGUGGAUUUCUCUGUAAAUUGCUGAAUUACCCUGUUUCUCUCCGUGGCCUUACCAAAAUCCCCAACUGAUACGAAAGCACGGGAUUAGAUAGCAUUAAUUUGUUCAUAAUGGUAACAAAACAGGCUAUUUUGUUGUACCUCCAUUGUAAGAAGUCACAUACUCAGGAAUGGCUGGACAUUCUUUUUAUUCGUUUAAAUGUCAAGGGGCUUACUGCAAGUCCACCUCGAGAUUUGUUAACCGAAGAAUACAUAUCGCUAUUUUGGUGUUUGAAAAGUCGCGGUGUGUUGCAGUGAAUAUCAAAAUUUUAUUCUAUGAUUAAGCAUGCCCUUGUCAAAUUUGAUGAGGUUUCCAGUUACUCUGUUCCAGAAAUAAACUUAACUUGUGCAGGGGUUCAAACCCUUAUUGUU